ACUAGCUGAGGUUGACGGUUUAGAUGUGGUGGUUACUUCUGUAAUGCAUAUAUCUGCUUUUUGAACUCUCAAAGUGGUGGAAACGUUUGACUUGUAUUCUAUAAAUCACAGAGAACAAAACAUCUUCUUUAUUGUUCUUCUGAAGAAAAAAUGUCACCGACAUAUCUUAUGGCCUGAGGCAAAGAUUUUACACUGGUUACACCAUUAUCUCAUUUCUGAGGACUGAUCUUAUUUUAAUGAUGAGAUGAAGACCAAAAAGCAAAUCAUUCUUUUCAUUUGUUUGUUACAAGGUGUUUGGGGUCAAACAUGGCCCAUCAGUCUGACAGAGAAGAUUGAAGCUCUGAGUGGAUCUUGUGUGACCAUAAACUGCACAUUUACUAUUGAUGAAAACAAAUAUGCCAAUGAUCUCACUGACAGUGCUGCAGGAGUGUGGCUUAAAGAUGGGACUGACCAUCAAACAAAUGCAGUGUUUUACUCCAAUAAGCCGGAAGACCUAUUUAAGGGGAAAAUAACUGGACAAAUAAAAGACAAGAACUGUACUACCAUUUUUAAUGACAUUACUUCAAAUCACAAAGGCAGAUUUUACUUCAGGAUUGAGGGUAAUGGUGAACUGAAAUGGACAUAUAAACAAAAACAUGUUUCAAUAGUAGUGAUCGAGUCUCCCCCCAAACCCACAGUGCAGAUGUUUAAGGAUCAGAUGGAGGUUGAGGUUCAGGAGGAGGUGUUAGAGGGGAGCUCUAUGUGUCUGCGCUGCUUUGCUAAGACUCUCUGCUCAUCUUCUCCACCAACUCUCACAUGGAGCUCCACUGACAGACUCCACCUCAAUGACAGCAGCAGACUACAGCUGGAUCAACAGAAACAAACUGAGAUCAUCUCUGAUCUGAACUUCACUGCUACUCACCUUCAACAUGGAGUCACUUUCAUCUGCACUAUAACCUACCAGCUACAGCAGAGGAACACAACAGCACAGAGCAACAUCACAUUACGUGUUCAGUAUGCUCCUAAAAACACAUCAGUGUCUGUGUUUCCAUCUAACUCUGUACUGGAGGGCAGUUCAGUGACUUUGAUCUGCAGCAGUGAUGGAAAUCCAGCAGUGUUCAUCUACACCUGGUACAGAGAGAAUGGAGGACAGCGGGUGGAGCUGCAGACUGGAUAUAAUCUCACCUUUAAUGUGACUGAUCGUACACACACAGGGCACUACUACUGUCAAGCCAAAAACCAACAUGGCACCCAAGACACAUCAGUGUUGUUGGACAUUCAGUAUGCUCCUAAAAACACAUCAGUGUCUGUGUUUCCAUCUAACUCUGUACUGGAGGGCAGUUCAGUGACUUUGAUCUGCAGCAGUGAUGGAAAUCCAGCAGUGUUCAACUACACCUGGUACAGAGAGAACGGAGGACAGCUGGAAGACCAGACUGGAUCUAAUCUCUCCUUUAAUCUGACUGAUCAUAUAGACACAGGACGCUACUACUGUCAAGCCAAAAACAAACAUGGUACCCAAAACACAUCAGUGUUGCUGGACAUUCAGUUACUGGAGGGCAGUUCAGUGACUUUGAUCUGCAGCAGUGAUGGAAAUCCAGCAGUGUUCAACUACACCUGGUACAGAGAGAAUGGAGGACAGCUGCAGGAGCUGCAGACUGGAUAUAAUCUCACCUUCAAUGUGACUGAUCGUACACACACAGGACGCUACUACUGUCAAGCCAAAAACCAACAUGGCACCCAAAACAUAUCAGUGUUGCUCGACAUUCAGUAUGCUCCUGAAAACACAUCAGUGUCUGUGUUUCCAUUUAACUCUGUACUGGAGGGCAGUUUAGUGACUUUGAUCUGCAGCAGUGAUGGAAAUCCAGCAGUGUUCAACUACACCUGGUACAGAGAGAAUGGAGGACAGCUGGAGGAGCUGCAGACUGGAAAUAAUCUCAUCUUCAAUGUGACUGAUCGUACACACGCAGGACACUACUACUGUCAAACCCAAAACCAACUUGGUACCCAAAACACAUCUGUAAUGCUAAACAUUCAGUUACUGGAGGGCAGUUCAGUGACUUUGAUCUGCAGCAGUGAUGCAAAUCCAGCAGAGUACAUCUGGUACAGAGAGAAUGGAGGACAGCUGGAGGAGCUGCAGACUGGAUCUAAUCUCACCCUUAAUGUGAUUUAUCGUACAUACACAGGACCCUACUACUGUCAAGCCAAAAACCAACAUGGUACCCAAAACAUAUCAGUGUUGCUUGACAUUCAGUAUGCUCCUAAAAACACAGUGUCUGUGUUUCCAUCUAACUCUGUACUGGAGGGCAGUUCAGUGACUUUGAUCUGCAGCAGUGAUGGAAAUCCAGCAGUGUUCAACUACACCUGGUACAGAGAGAAUGAAGGACAGCUGGAGAAUCAGACUGGAUCUAAUUUCACCUUCAAUGUGAUUGAUCGUACACACACAGGACGCUACUACUGUCAAACCACAAACAAACAUGGUACCCAAAACACACCAGUGUUACUGGACAUUCAGUAUGCAGCCAAAAUCUCUCUCUUCAGCUGUAACAGAACUGAUGUAACUGUGUGUUUGUGUGAGGCUCAUGGGAAUCCCUCUCCUAAAGUGGAGUGGCAUCUAUCUGGACGUCCUGUCAGUAACUCUACAAACACAUCCAUCAGUGAGGAGCGAUUGAACAGCACAGACUUGAGGAGCUUCAUUUCUCUCCAUCAGUCACUUACAGACACAGACACUCUGCAGUGUGUCACCUUCAACACUCACAGCACUGCCAGUCAUCAGAUUCAACGGCUUCACUGUUCUCAUAAGAUGAUUGAUUCCUCAUCAGGUUUCAGUCUUUACUCUGUGCUGAUUGGAGCUGCUAUUGGAGCUUCAGUUGUGAUGAUCUUGUGUGUCAUUCAACAUCUCUGUAAACGAAGUAAAAACAGCAGAUCCUCAAAUACAAGACGAGAAGAGACCACUGGACUUAUUCUGGCUGACAGGGAGAAUGAAGAACCUGUUUAUGCCAAUAAGGAAGAAACUUCACUGAAUUACCCACAAUCUCUUCAUUAUUCCUCCAUUGACUUCACAAACACCCAAAUAGAGUCAGAAGAGAUCAGAGGCGUCUCCUCACUUACUGCUGUCUAUGCUGAUGUCCGACAUUCAGGACAAGAGGAAGCAAAGACCUCUGUGGGAAGCAUUCACAACAGCAACAUAUCAACAGUUGAAAUAGCAGACAGUACAGCAAGGGAUCCAGAAUUUACCAUCAGUACAGACACUGAGCAAGAUCAGACAAAGAAAACUUACCCAGAUUUGCUUACACAGCCAGAUGAAGUUUCCGAACUUUAUGCUCAAGUAAAAUAUUGCCAUCCAAAGAACUAAAAAAAAUAGGCCACUUUCUAAAAUGUUACUUUUUAUGUAUUUUUUAACAGUCAAGAUUUUUUAAAUAUUCCUACAGAGACUUUUAAAUAUAAAAUAAGGCAUCAGAGCCAAUGUAAUGUUUGAUGCUUGAGUGCAGCAAUUGUGAACAAUGUUAAACAAACAUCAACUGUUUAUUGUUGUGCCAUUAAGGUAUACAGUUUUAAUCAUAGAUUAAAAUCAAUGUAGAAUGAUUUUUUUGCUUUAAAUGUAUUUUUGUGUGUGUAUAAUAUUUUUCGUAGUUGAAUUUUAUUCUUUAAUCUAUAAUUUAGAUCCUCAAGCAUGUUAAAAUUAAAAUAAUGUAAAUCACAAACAUUUGUAACAUUUAAAAAUAUAUCACCACAGGAAUAUGCUGAUGUGUCUAUUUUUAAAGUGUACAUUAGUAGAUAUAAAACAACUUUAGGGAAAACAACAAUAGCAAAAUUAAAAAAACUGCAAUGUUUAUUUAUUGUUAACCAUAACUUCUAAUACCUUGCUUGUUUUGAGAUAUUUAAUUAUGUUUUAAUUGUUGUUUUGUGUGCUCUAUGAUUGUGUGUGUGUUCAUAAUAUGGAUAAAAAAUAAAAGUUAAGAAGUUUA